GAAGAAGAAGAAGCAGAAGGUGUUUCCAGCGUGUGUGAAAUUCAUCAGAAGUCAAUGAAUCAGUUAAGGUGGCAAACAAGCAAACGAUGAUUUCUGUAAAUAUCCUGCGUAGAUUACGACCAUGUAUUGUUUCUCAGUCGUUCGGGUACAUUCACGUUUCGGCCGCUCGACAUGGUGCAACGUUUCCCGUGUCCUGUUUCAGAGGAGCCAGAGGCAAACAGCUACAGGCUGACAGAAGGUCAUUCCUCAAACUAAACAACAAGUCCCACUGUCCGUCCAUACGUUUUCUCUCUGCGUCGGCUCACUCUGAGGAUGGGAACCUCAUUUACACUGGCAGCCUGAGCACUGCUGUUCGAGGGGUGAAGAUGUUCUCUUACAGCACCAGCGGGGCCAGCCUCUUCCUCAUGCCCCACAUCCUCUUGAAGACUGGACUAGGAGUCCAGAGCUUCGCCACACAGGUCGCUUUCUGUGGAGUCAUCGGCUUCUUCACCUUCCUCACCCCUGUCCUCCUCCACCUCAUUACGAAGGGCUACGUGAUGCGCCUGUAUCACAACCCGGACAGAAACACCUACACAGCCGUCACCUGCAGUGUCUUCCUCACGGAAAAAAAGAUGGUGUUCCACCAGAGCCAGGUCAGGAUCCCAGCCAUCAGCAAGAUGUUCACCUCCUUCUACGUCAACAACACGGGGCUGCUGGUGAACCCGGAUCUGUUCGCCGUCCCACACGACUACAAUCACCUGAUGGGCUACGACAAGCCCUUUAGCUUUGACAUUGAUGACAUGGACAGACCUGAUAAGAGCUGAAAGACUGACUGGGCAGGUUAAAUGUGCUGUUAGCACAUGAAUGACAUCCACAACUCCAAACUCUGUUUCUACCAGGGUGGAACAUCCACCAAGGACUUAAAUAGAUUAGAUUUUUUUUUUUAGUACUUCUCUGGAUGUUUUGUGAAUAUUAUUAAAAUAACUUCAUUAUCAUGA